AUGGGUGAUGAUGGGUCAUUCCAGGCCCCCGAGUCAGAACAGGCCCAGAGCAAACCGGGUCUAGAGAAGGGCAUGGCGCCACCGAGUGAAUCUUCCAGACUUGAGUCGAGCCACGGAUUCGUCGAGUACGUAGGCUCAAACAAGCUGAAAGACAAGAAGGUUCUAAUUACCGGGGGCGACUCAGGCAUAGGCCGUUCCGUCGCGGUGUUGAUGGCGAGGGAAGGUGCCGAUAUCACCAUUGUCUACCUUCCGCAGGAGCAGGAAGAUGCAGAGAAAACAAAGGGAUUAGUUGAAAACGAGGAUCGCAGCUGCCUUCUAAUCCCAGGCGAUUUACGGAAGAACCAGACGUGCGAGAGAGCGGUCAAAGAGCAUGUGGAUAGGUUCGAGAAAAUCAAUGUUCUUGUCAAUAAUGCCUCUCAGCAAUAUAUAUGCAAAGACUUUACGCAAAUUGACCUUGACCAGGUCGAGGACCUCUUCCGAACCAACAUCCUGCAAAUGUUUGCUAUCACGAAAUAUGCACUCCCGCACAUGUCAAAGGGAGACUCGAUUAUUAACAAUACGUCUGUUGUCACGUUCCGUGGCUCGAGCAGUAUGGUCGACUACGCUUCCACGAAAGGCGCCAUUGUUGGAUUCACCAGAUCCCUAGCAUUGCAAUUAAUUCCGAAGGGUAUUCGCGUGAAUGCUGUUGCCCCCGGUGCGAUUUAUACACCGAUUCAAGUGGAUACAAGGGAUCCCAAGUCAAUGGAAGGAUGGGGAUCAGACAAGCAACUUGGCCGGCCUGGGCAGCCUAGUGAAGUGGCCCCCAGCUUCGUGUUCUUGGCUAGCAAAGAUGCUUCUUUCUAUUGUAUGGGCUUGAGCUCCCCUCCAUUCUCGUUUCAAGUCACUGAUCCCUUAGCAGCUGGCCAAAUCCUACAUUGCUAUCCUCUCGGAGAUUAA